ACACAGCAGCAGCAGCCGCCGCUGCUGGAGGACUGCAAGCUCUUUGAGACACUCUUCGAGGGUGACAUGGCAGCACAGGCCCAGCAGGAGUGGAAGAAAGCCAUGACGGAGCUGGCUCAGGAGGAGCCGGACCUGCUCGAGCAUUUUCAGAAACUCUCUGAGGCUGCCUGCAAAGUUGGGACUGACACGGCUUCUCAGCAAGAAUUUACCUCCUGCCUCAAAGAUACCCUCCGUGGCCUCGCCAAGAAUGCCGAUAACUUGCAGUCUUCUGGCCUCGCCGGAGACGAUCUCGUAAAGGCCCUGGAAGGCUUGGGA